AUGAAGGUGAUUAGUACGUAUGUAGAGGCCUCGAGGCAGGAGAUAAAUUUGAAUAAAUCUGAAGUGUUUUUUAGUUGUAACAUUAGUAACUUAGCCAAGGAGGAUCUUGCUCGCAUUAUGGGAGUACGUCAUGUGUUGGGAACUAGAAAGUAUUUAGGUUUUCCCUCUAUGAUUGGUAGGAGUAAGAAGGAAACUUUCUCUUUUAUUAAAGACCGUAUCUGGAAAAAAAUUAAUUCCUGGAGAGGUCGAGCUCUAUCAAAAGCAGGAAAAGAGGUUAUGAUAAAAUUGGUGCUCCAAGCAAUACCGUCCUAUGUCAUGAGUCUUUUUAUUCUCCCAGAUGCAGUUUGUAAUGAUAUCGAGAAAAUGCUUAAUUCUUUUUGGUGGGGAGGAGGCAGUAAUAAUAAGGGAAUCCAUUGGUUGGCAUGUGAUAAAUUGGCUUUCUCUAAGAAGGAUGGUGGAUUAGGAUUUAGAGACUUUAAAGCAUUUAAUAUGUCUAUGGUUGCUAAACAAGGUUGGAAUCUUUUGUCCAAGCCUCAUGCUCUUGUCUCUAGAAUCUUCAAAGCAAGGUACUUCCUUAGAACAUCUUAUUUUGAAUCUAAUCGUUAUAACUCUAUUUUUAUGUGGAGGAGUAUUUGGAAAGCGAAGGAUGUCUUAUCUUUAGGUUGCAGGUGGAGCAUUGGGGAUGGUAGUCAAAUCAAGGUUAUGCACGAGCCUUGGAUUAAGUGGAAGAGGGAAGGGUGUUUGAGUGGCCCUCAGAAGCAAAAUGUGUAUGAUAUUAUAGUUAAAAAUCUUAUUCUGCCUAAUGAGAAGCAAUGGAAUUUGAGGAUGAUUAGGGAAAUGUUUAAUUGUGCAGAGGCGGAGGAAAUCUUAUGGGUCCCCCUUUUGAAUGAGGUUAAGGAGGAUAGGAUGAUCUGGAAGGAAGAACAAAAUGGGUCCUACAGUAUGCGUUUUGGGUACAGGCUAUGGAGGAGCUUAUGGAGGAAAAAUAAGGAUGAGGGUGGGACGAGGAUUGGAAUAGUCUCUGCAAUAUUAAAGCCCCUUCUAGGGUUAAGCAUCUAUUGUGGAGAAUCUGUAAAAAAAUGUUUUACCGACUCGUGUUAG